AUGACAGAUAACGAUGGUGAACUUAUGGCCACUGUGUUCUAUUUUAUGAGAGAAGAGUAUCCCCAUCACGCCUUUGCUGCUCUAAACAUCGCUCAUAGAAAAUAUCCGAACGACCCAUUUAUCAAGCUACUUACUAGUAUUGUACUAGUAGCAGAAGGUUCUUUACAAGAGGCGUUGAGGUACCUCAAUGAGCUCAAGAACAGGGAUGAGUUUUCUCUUGCGUCUCUAAUAUCAAUUGUGCAUUUACAUACAGAACUGCCCAACAUAUGCCAAGAUGUAGUAGAAGAGUGUAAGAAUAGGACGAGGGAGUUGAGGAAACAUGCUACUGAUAGAUCACUUUAUUUUGGUGCUUUAGCACUGUUUUUCUUUAAAAGAUAUGAUCAGGCUAGGGAAUACUCCGAAAAAGCACUUAAAAUCAAUCCGCGUUCCAAGGAGAUAUUGUGUCUGAAUGGGUGGAUCGGACUAAUGUGUAAAGAUGAAGAUUUUCAGGACAAGUCUGUGAAGUAUUUUGACAAACUCGAGUGUAGUGAUGAUGAAACUAUGUCAAUUGAUUGUUUGAUGGGUAGAAUAAAAUAUUUACAAGCCUCAAAGUCAUUCUCGUCUGCCUUGGAUGAAGUGAAUAGUUUAGUAGUGAAAUUUCCAAGUUACGUUCCUGGUUUGAUUGAAAAGAUGAGGAUUCAACUUGCAUCUCAAGACUGGGAAUCAGCUUCAGAUACAGCCACUAGAUGCCUGUCAAUCGACCCUACGUGUAUAGAGGCUUUAAAGUUUCAAAUUCUGUGUUUGCUGUGUUACGAAGGAAACGCUUGUGCAGCACUGAAAAAGCUGGAGGAGCUUAAAAAAGAACUCGAAUUAUCGGAACCAAAAACAUCAAAUCAAUAUUCAUCUGUUUCUAAGCUGAUAUCCCUAAUCUGUGGUCGUGAUCCUACAAUACUGCCAAAGGUUCAAGAACUAUGCGAGAAAGCAGUUGAACUGACACCUGGAAACUAUCAUUACCUGAUUAACUUAGGUAAUAUUGUUCUCAUGCAGGGCAAACUAAAAGAGGCCGUUCAACAUUUUCGGAAUGCGGUAAAUUUGUGUGAAACAAGCUUUGAUGGUCUAAAAGCUGUUGUUAAGUGUCAACUUCUUCAAAACAAUCUACAUGAGGCUUCAACACAAUUAGAAUUUUUGAGUGAGCUACAACCAACGAUUGGAAAGUCUUCCGAAGUAAGCUACAUGGUCUCAGUACUCAGACGCAAACAAGGUUUAUCAACAUCUCAAAUACUAACGCCCUUGAAUGAAGCUAUGGAAUUGCAGCUUCAUAAACUUCGGAAUGUCAGUUUGAGCCUUGAAUAUUAUGAACUGUUAAAUCCAGACUUUCUCCUUCAACUUAUCAGUGAAUAUUUAAUUCAUGCACCACCUCAACCUUCAAAUAUUGGCAGUACAUUUAGAAUAUUUAAUGAUAUGGCAUAUAUAAAUGACCAAUAUGAUUCAGUUCUUAUGCGAUGUUUACGUAUUUUAGAACCAUUGACACUUUCAGCCCCAGGUUUUCAAAAAGCAAUAUAUCUUACAGCAUAUGUUCACUAUAUGUUAAGAAAUACUACAAUUGCAAUAUCUAAUGUGAAAAAAUGUUUGGAAGUAAAUCCAUCUUUUCUUGAUGGUUAUAUUUUAAUGGCAAAAAUCCAUCUUUAUAUGUCAAAUUUGAAAGCUGCUGAACAAACCUUGGAAACUGGUGUUGGAAAUAAUUUUGAAGUACGUAAUCAUCCAUUAUAUCAACUUGUUCGAGCACGUAUAAUGAGUGAACAAGGUUCAGCUAAAAUAUCAGUGCAAAUAUUAAAACAAGCAAUUGCAAAUCUUUCAAAUUAUUCACAAUCUUCAAAAUCUAAUAGUUUUAAUUAUUCAUUUAAUGAUAUAAUGCCAUCUGACAAACUUUCAUUAUACAUUGAACUUGCUGACGCACAUAGAACUUUAGGAGAACAACAUGAAGCUACAAAAGUCUUGCAAGAUGCUUAUUUAACAUUUGCUGGUACUGUGGAAGUUGCACGAGUUACAAUAGCUAUGGCUAAUUUAGCUCUGGCACAAAAUGACCACGAAACAGCUCUAAAUACUUUAAGACAAAUUCAAGCUGACCAUCCAUACUAUAUAACUGCACGACAACAUAUGGCCAAUAUUUAUUUAUAUCAUAGAAAAGAAAAGAAGUUAUAUACUGCUUGUUACAGAGAAUUAGCUGAAAAAUUAGAAACAAAUGAAGCUUAUUUUCUGUUAGGUGAAGCUUAUAUGAAUAUUCAAGAACCUGAAAAUGCAAUUAAAAUUUAUGAAUCUAUUCUACGUAAAAAUCCUAAUGAUUUACGUUUAGCCAGUAAAAUUGGUCAUGCAUUUGUAAAAUUACAUCAUUAUGCUAAAGCUAUAUCUUAUUAUGAGACUGCAGUGAAAACUGGUCAAAAUGGUUUACGAUUAGAUUUAGCCGAUUUACUCAUCAAUAUGAAACAAUAUAAAAAGGCUAAACGUUUACUUCAUUCUAUGUUGACUGAUGAAAUUAUGCAGUCUGCCUCCGAUAUUAACGAAUUACAAGAACUAUGUCAUGCAUUAAAAUUAUUGGUCAAAUUACAAACAAUUGAAGAUGAUAAACUUCUUGAACGAAUUGAUUCUUUAAAUAGUCUGAAGUCAAUUCAAGCAAGACUACUUAAGCGUAUACAAACUAGUGAAGUUGAAGAUGUGGUGAAUGAACAAAAGAUCAAUAUGUCAGAGGUUCUUCUACAAUUAGCAUCAGUAUAUUUCUUAAAUAUUCAAGCUCAAUACGGUGAUUAUUUUAAUCCAAAUCGUUUUAAAAAUGAUUCAAACAUUCAAACAAUGAUUGAUUCUAACAAUACAUUAAACAUUAAUUUAUCACAAUAUUUAACUACAAUUAUAAAUCUGUGUGAAGAUGCUAUUAAACAUGUAUCCAGUAUUAUUGAACUCAAAUUAUCAUCAUCUAUUCAACAAGGAAAUGAUCCAAAUUUAAAUUUUACUAAUUCACUAUAUGAAAUUCAAUUAAAUGAUGUAAAAAUAUCAGCUAUAAAUAUUCAAGCUAAAUCUAUUGUUCAAUUAAUCAAUUUAUAUUUGUAUACAACGGAUUAUGUAAAUUGUGAACAAGAAAUAUUGAAAUUAGCACAGUUACAGGAAAUAAUUGAAAUGGUUUGUACUCAUGAAAAUACAAAAAAUGUCAAUAGUGAUUUGAAUUCCGUCAAAAUUACUUCUAUGUCAUUAAAAGAAGAACAGAAAAAACAAAAACAACAUCAACAACAAAAACAACAAAACAUAAAUGAUUCAAUUUAUCUAUCAACUUAUAUAUCAAAUAUACCAUUGUCUGCAAUAUUUAUGUCUAGACUGAUGAUAAUAAAAGGAGAUUUUGAAAUAGCAAAUAAACACUUAGAAUAUGUAUUACAUAGAAAUCCAUGUCACUAUGAAGCUCUUUCAAGUUUGAUUGAUACUUAUAGAAGAUGUGGUUCAUUAUCAUGUAUUCCAGAAUAUUUAGAAAAAGCUAAAUCAUAUGAUUCUCAAGCUGAAGUUUCAUGUGGUUUGAACUACUGUCAUGGAAUUUACCAUUUUUACACAAGUGAAUUAUCUAUUGCUUUAAGUUAUUUCAAUCGAUGCCGAAAUGAUCCUGAAUACACAGAAAUGGCAAUAUACCGAAUGGUUGAAAUAUGUAUCAAUCCAGAUAAUCAGUUAUUAGGUACUGAACCUUUUACACAAUCUAUUAAUAACAAUAAUAAAAAUUCAAAUAAUACAAAUGAUUUUAACUAUGGUGAUGAGUUAACAAGAAACUGUAAUAUUGGUUAUGAAACAGCUGAACAUUUACUAAAGGAAUUGAAAGUCAUUAAAUUAAAAAGACGAUAUCGUUUUAUUUCAACCCUACUACUAUUAAUAACAAAAACGAAAGCACAUUUAGAAUCUGCCUUAGAAACGUUUGCUGAAAUGUCACAUAAAGAUCCAGAUAGCGUAGCACCUAUUUAUGGUGCAGCUGUUUGUUAUAUACAAUUAAAGCAAAGUCAAAAAGCCAGAAAUCAAUUGAAGAGAUUAGCAAAAGUACCUUGGAAUUUUCAAGAUGCUGAAGAAUUAGAGAAAUCAUGGUUACUUUUGGUUGAUAUGUAUAUACAAAGUGGUAAACUUGACGUUUGUCAGGAUCUAUUAAAAAAAUGUCUCAAGUAUAAUAAGUCAAGCAUCAAAGCUUAUGAAUAUUUCGGUUUAAUUAUGGAAAAAGAACAAAACUUCCUUGAAGCUGCAAAAUAUUAUGAAUAUAUUUGGAAUAAUUUAAAUCAUCAAAAUCCUGUAAUUGGUUAUAAACUGGCUUACAAUUAUUUAAAAUGUAAAAAUUAUUUAGGAGCAAUUGAAGUUUCCCUACAAGUUUUAUCAGUUUAUCCAAAUUAUCCGAAAAUUCAAAAAGAGAUCUUGGAUAAAGCAAGACUUAAUUUACGUGUUUAA